CCGAAGGUGUAUCAAGGUGUCCGCGUGAAGAUGACUGUGAAAGAGCUACUGCAACAAAGAAGGGCACACCAGGCCACCUCAGGGGCAACUCUGUCAGGAAGCAGCAGUAUCCACCGUCCAGACCCCAGCACGCCAUCAUCUGCAGGACUGUAUUUUGAACCCGAACCAAUGUCUUCCACACCCAGUUGUUUUCAACCCAGAGAAUUUUCCACCUGUGUCCCUUGUGAAGAAAGCUCAAGCUGCCUUGACCAGAUCUUUGAGUCCUACCUUCAGACAGAGACACUCCCAGGCCCUUUGCUCAACUCCAUGCAAAGUGCUCCCCACUAUUUCCCAGACAGCUGUCAAGUGGCCCCUUUCUGCUAUAACCAGAGCCUGACUCCAGGAUCCCCUUCGGACUCCUCCAGCCUCUCUGGCUCCCUUGACUACAGCUAUUCACCAGCUCAGCCGCCUUCCUACACUCCAGAGAAUUACACUUCUCCUCCUUCUCUGGAUUCCCUAAACCACAGCCUCCCAGAAGAAGGUUACUCGUACCACCACCAUUGGCCUUCCCACACCCAGUACAACCACCUCUCCCCAGCCACCCCAUCCGUUUGCUACUGUGCAGCCUGCGAAGCAGAGCAUUUGGAUGCCAUCAGGACCUCAGAGUUCUUCUCCUACUCCAGCACAGACUAUAUGGACUUUUCCCCCUCGGCAACCACCACCAAUGAUUUCUAUAAAAGGGAAACAAGCUGUGAUGCCUGCUACAGUUAGUAAAAACCACACUCGAACAUGUUGUGGGUGGGUAUAUAUGUUUCUCUACUUCAUCUAGAUGACACUUAAACCUUCAACCCAUUCACAAAAUAUCCCACAUACGGUUUACAUCUCACUGUUUUCAACCUCCUGAUACUAGUGUAGGAAUCGAUGUAAAGCCCUUAAACCUGGUUUUGUGCCACACGUAUUUUAUACAUUCACUGUUAUCACUGUUAAAUUUUUUUUUUGGUAUGGAAUUUCCCCUGUGCCUUCCUUCUCAGUAUAACGAACAAACUCUUUUGUAAACUA